GACAUUGAUGAUGUUGGGCAUAAGUACCAUCUGGAGCUGGUGUUAGAAGACGUCCUUGACAAAGACAGUACUGUUAACUGCACCGCUGAGGUUCUUUAUCACCUGGGCACCAAAAGCACUGCUCCAGAUGUGCAAUUCACACUCGACAGAGAACUUAAGAACGCAGACGAAGCAGAUAAAGUAUUCUAUGACCGAAUCAAGAGCCUGGACAAAGAGCUUGUGGCAGAAAACAUACCAGACAGCCAUGGCAACGUGUCCCCAGAAAUGGAGCCAGUCCGCCUGCUGGCGUGGGCUGCCUCCGGCUAUGUGAUAUGGCAGAACUCAACUGAAAACACUAAGUUUGAACUCGCCCAAAUUAAACGUGUGAAGCAAGUGAAAAGAAGCGAUGAAUCUCUUGAAUUUGACUAUAUGAUUCUGCUUCAUGAAAUGGUGUCCCAGGAGAUCAUUCCCUGGCAAAUGACAGUUCUCUGGCACCCAGGGCACGGCGUUGAGGUAACACAGGAGAGCCGUCAGCCAAAACACGCGUUGGAAUAG